UGGUUUAAUAUAGGGUAUAGUCUACUGUCUACACAAAUUAUCAAAAAAAUUAAUGACUAAAAACCAUAGAGUAAGUUAUAUGUAGAUUUAAUAAAAACCACUAAUAUAAUGAAGUCGCGAAAAAUUUGAAGAGAAUUAUCACGAAGCAUUUUCAGUUUAAGUAAAGGCUGAUUGAUUGUGAAGUGUAUAAAAAUAAGCGUUUUUAUCUAGGAAGUUUGUGUUAAUAUUAAUAUAUAUAUUAACUGAUCAUCGUAAAAGGCACUUAGUUCGCCAUCAACAUUUGUAUACAAAUCCAAGAUCAAAAAUAUUAAAAUAAUGAAUUCUAACGAUAAGCCGAAUGCUGAAUCAUUUGCGCAAUAUCUGCAGUCCAUGGUUAAACUGGAUUCUUUGGAAAAAAUGACUGCUGAUUUAGACAGGGAAUUAGCGGAUUCACAAAACAUAAUGAGAGAAAUUAAAACACUUUUCGAUAGCAUUCCAAACGCUCAGCAUCAGUAUCAAUUUAAAAGGUCGCAGCAUGAAGAACUUGCAAGAUUUGUUGAAGCUGGUACUCCUAAACUCCUUAUGCCAGAUAUGGUAGUAACAAACAUUGUGGACAUUGAUAAUAUUGUAGCUUCUAUGAAAAAAUAUGCUGAAGAACUGAGAAAAAGUUUAAAUGAAAAAGAAUGCCAAACAAAAUUCAAAACAGUAACCAUAGAAAAAUUGGACUUAACUCCGUAUGCUGUUAGUCUUGAUAAAUUGAGCAAGAGUCUCGCUAAUGUAAAAAUUAACACUGAUGUAAGUGGAAGAAGUGCAGAACUGGAAGGAAAACUAUGUCAACUGUGUGAGGAUGUCACAUUGUUUACACAGAUGGUACAGGUUAAUGGCAGAUUAGGAGAAAUCACUCAAAAUUGUAGCAAUCCAUCCAACAAUCCUGUGGCUCCAUAUGACAACAUUAUUAAUAAAUUACUCGCUGACAUUAAUGAAGUUACAUACUUGCUAAAAAAUAACUAGAUAUCAUUGUCAGCUUGUUUAUUUCUUAUUUUUUUCUGGACUUAUCAGAUAUGGCAUCAACUGUAAUAUUAUAGGACGAUUUUAUUGGAGUCCAUCUGUUUUUGGUAUUAUCAAUGUACAUAUUUUGUUGAUAAGAUGGUUUCAUUAGCUUAAUUGUGUGAAAACUGGUUUUUGUUAACUGAAAUUAUGAAUGAUUGUAGAAGAGUAGUGUGUUUAAUAAAUUAUAAAUGAUUUCUAUUUACUGCUCUAUAAAUUUUUACUACUGCCAAAUGAAUGCGAUUCUACAAAUAAAUUAAAUCCUACACUGUAAAUAUAUUAUUAUAUAACAUCCUAUUAAGCUUUCUCUAAAAUGUCUUUCUUAUACUCAUGCACUUUUGUUUUUAACAUAUCACUUUAUGUAAUUGUAUCAUAAAAUCUCAAAUACUGUAUCCAAGAUAAAAUGUACUAUACUGAAACAUACAAGGUAUUCGGUAAUUUUAAUACAAGCUCUGGUAACUGUACUGUACUUUCUGAAGAGCUUAAGUCAAAUGUUAUUCUGCCUGCUAGUAAUAGUCAAAUUGUAAUCUCAUUGUAAUAAAAGUAUUAAAGUAUUCUGA